AUGCCGCCAACACAGGAGCAGCACCGCACGCGCCCUGCGACCCGCCCACCCGCGCUGCGAGCUGCCAGUGACUCUGCUGUUGCAUCCCCCUCGCUGACCAGCCUGGCGCGGGGGUCUGCCGGCAUCCAGGGACCCCGUGUGAGGACCCUGUGUCAGAGCGCCCAACUGUCCAGGCGUCACGGCCAGUCCGCCUGGGCCGCCCGUGGGACCGCGGAGGCUCUAACCCAGGGAAGCCCCCCUCCUGGAGAGCAAUCGGCAUCCUCGCCUUCCUCCACCGGGAAGACCACGGAAGCAGAACAAGACCGAGGGGUGGGAAUUACAGAAAAGCAGCUUUCGCAUGGACGUGAGAAGCCAGAACAGCAGCGCAUCUUCCGAUCAUCAGACUCUUCCACAUUCCAGUCUCAGCUUCCGAGCUGUGACUCCCUGAGUGCGCACUGGUGCACCUGUGCUCCAGAUAAAGCCUCAGCAGCCCAGAGGCCAGGGGGUCACGUGUUCAGUCCCGUGACAAAAACAGAUCUACAAAGCCCCAGAAAAAACAGUGGGGUCAGGAUCCCCCCCUAG